CACUUCAGAAAGUGGACAGUCCAUCUUCAUGAUCUUCAGAUCGGAGUGUGCGGGUUGUUGUCUCCUCCGCUGUCUCCGAAUGGCUUCGGUUAGUCAGCAGUCCCUGUGAUCAGCGCUGUUAUACCGAUACUGCUUCAUUACAGCGGACAUACUGCUCUCCACAUUCACCAUGAACACAGGAACCGCGAUACAGGACACAGCCCUGCUGAUACUACUGAAUCUCAUCCUUCUACACACCACCACCACCACCACCACGCAUGCAGCUAACCUGAUCGAUGUUCUACAUUCACUGGAGCUGUCUGCUCGGAUGGAGGGCGUGUCCCUAGCCACGGGACUGUGCAAGACUAGAAAGGGAUUGGAGGGCGCAGACAUGGCAUUUAGGAUAGACAAAAAGAUUCAGCUCAGUGCACCGACCAAGCAGCUUUUCCCAGAAUCCGCUUUCCCUGGGAACUUCUCCCUGAUGGCCACGGUGCGAGCGAAGAAGAACACUCAGUUCUUUUUGCUGUCCGUGUACGAUGAGCAGGGAGUACAGCAGCUGGGCCUGGAGCUGGGCAGAUCACCCGCCUUUCUCUAUAAGGACCACAGGGGGCAGCCGUCAUCUGACCUUGUCUUCAAGAAGGUCAAUCUGGCUGAUGGAAAGUGGCACAGGAUAGCCUACAGCAUCAAGGGCAAGUCGGUCACUCUGUACCUGGACUGUAAAAAGGUGGAGACUGUGGAUCUGCAGCGUGGGGAUGAUCCUGUGGUCCGUACAGGUGGAGUCACCAUCUUUGGGAGGAGACUGUUGGAUGAGGAAGUGUUUGAGGGAGAUAUCCAGCAACUGCUGAUUUCAGAUGACCCUCGGGCUGCAAAACACUACUGCAAUCACUACAUUCCCGACUGUGACUCUCCUCUGCCUUAUAUUACCCAGAACCAUGAACCUGAGGAGACCAAACCCCUUAAGCAUGAAGACGUGAUGCAAGGCGACGAACCAGAGCCACCAAAGAAGAAGAAAGGCAGGAAGGGCAAAAAGAACAAAAACAAGAAGGACAAGAAGGACCGAUCGAAGAAAAAGGGCAAAAAAGAGUCAAGGAAGAAGAGGAAAGAGGCAGAAGCUCUCGAGGAGGGAUUUCUCAAGGUGUCUACUUUCCGGCCAGAGUUUUUGACACGGCAUACGUCGUCUGUUGGGAUGGAACCUUCUCAGACUUCUGCACCAAUCACAGCUGUAACCAGUGAGCAGAUACCUGAGAUGCCUACUCAUGAGCCAGAGAUCAGUGAUGUGCACUCGACAAUGCUUUCUACUACAUUGCCUGCAAGUCCUGGUGAUGCCAUUGAAGUACCCAGUGCUUCACCUCAUUCUCCUGACAUUAAGGAUGAGAAUCCAGUAAAUAUACCUGAGAUUGAGGGGCCCACAGAGGACAUUUACAGCUACCAGUACAGUAACAUCUCUGACUCCACAGUAACAGUGGGCACCAACACCAGUGACUAUGAGAUCUUUGAGUAUGAGGACUUUAAGAACAGCAGCUCAGAGCAGGACUACGAAGAAUACGAGGUCUAUGCAGAUCGCUACGGUCCAGCCAGUAGAGGAGAUGCUGGGACCUGGGAAGGACAGGUAAAACACGGCUUUGAGAAGGGCCAGAAAGGAGAGCCGGCCAUCCUUGAACAGGGUACCAGGGUUGAGGGUCCUCCUGGGUUACCAGGUCCCGCAGGUCUUCCAGGUCUUCCUGGAGUAACAGGUCCCCCAGGGCCCCCAGGAGACCCUGGCGAUGUGGGACCUGAGGGACGGCCUGGACUUGCAGGGGCUGAUGGAAUACCAGGUCCUCCAGGCACUCUGCUCAUGUUACCAUUUAAUUAUGGGGGUGACUCUCAAAAAGGCCCGGUGGUGUCCGCUCAAGAGGCCCAGGCUCAGGCCAUCCUACAGCAAGCCCAACUCUCAAUGAAGGGACCUCCAGGCCCACUCGGUCUUACAGGCAGACCAGGACCAAUGGGUUUACCAGGACCCAUUGGUUUUAAAGGAGACAGUGGAGAUUCCGGACCUUCAGGUCCGCGUGGGUUGCCAGGUCCUGCAGGUUUUAAUGGGAAACCUGGAAGGAGGGGUCGUUCAGGGGCAGACGGAGGUCGAGGAGCUCCAGGAGAGACAGGAACAAAGGGUGACAGGGGCUUUGAUGGACUACCAGGGCUUCCAGGGGACAAAGGACACACAGGGGAUCGAGGAAAGCCAGGUCAGCGUGGUCCACCCGGGGAGCGUGGAGUGAAGGGUGGAGAUGGACCUGUCGGGCCGAGAGGACAACCAGGUGAACCUGGCCAGAGAGGACUAGUGGGUCCAAGAGGGCCUCCUGGACCACCUGGACAGCCCGGUGUCCGAGGCGUGGAUGGAAUUCAUGGGUUAAAAGGUGACCAGGGCCUGUCAGGAGAGUCCGGUCCUCCAGGACAGCAAGGAAACCCAGGAGUGCAGGGUUUUCCAGGCCCUCAGGGUCCGAUUGGUCUGCCAGGAGAGAAGGGACCACAGGGAAAAACUGGAAUGCAGGGGCUUCCUGGGAUAGAUGGACCUCCGGGACAUCCGGGAAGAGAGGGACCUGCAGGGGAAAAGGGGGGGCAGGGAUUAGCUGGUGCGCACGGGCCUGUCGGAUACCCAGGGCCUCGCGGAGUCAAGGGUGCCGAUGGGGUGCGGGGUCUCAAAGGAAGCAAAGGAGAGAAGGGAGAAGAUGGCUUCCCCGGGACUAAAGGUGACAUGGGAGCAGAGGGAGACAGAGGUGACGUUGGGUCUCCCGGAUCUCGUGGUGAGGACGGACCGGAGGGACUGAAGGGUCAGUUUGGACCCGUCGGAGAGCCUGGACCUUUAGGAGUUGCUGGAGAAAAGGGCAAACUCGGUGUCCCCGGAUUACCCGGCUAUCCAGGAAGACAAGGCCCUAAGGGAUCGGUCGGCUUUUCUGGAGUGGCGGGUGUACAAGGAGAGAAAGGGAAGAGGGGAUCAGCCGGUCCACCGGGAGUGGCAGGUGAACGGGGUCCAAAUGGAUCACGGGGAGGCCGAGGGGCACGAGGAGCUACAGGAGCACCAGGGGGCAAGGGCUCUGCUGCUCAUGAUGGUCCACCAGGUCCCACAGGAGACAAGGGCCCUGAUGGACCACAGGGACCAAAUGGAUUUCCAGGGCCCAAAGGACCAAAUGGCCCACCAGGAAAGGAUGGGUUGCCAGGUCAUCCAGGUCAGAGAGGGGAGCCGGGAUUCCAAGGAAAAACAGGAUUGCCAGGACCAGUUGGAGUGGUUGGACCACAGGGUAAAACUGGAGAGACUGGAGCAGUAGGAGACAGAGGACACCCUGGGACACCGGGACCUCCCGGUGAGCAAGGUCUUCCUGGGCCUGGAGGCAAAGAAGGUGCCAAGGGUGAUCCUGGGCCCAUGGGGGCUCCUGGAAAGAGCGGUCCUGAUGGGCACCGUGGGUUCAGGGGAAGCAGAGGCAUGCCGGGCUCCACGGGUGCUGCUGGUUUGAAGGGUGAGGAAGGACCUCCCGGUGCUGCAGGAGCAAUCGGUGCCACAGGAGAGAGGGGGUCUUCUGGAACUACUGGUGGGAUUGGUUUGCCUGGACCUGCUGGAGGAGUGGGGUCUGUUGGACCAAUGGGGGAGAAGGGAGAACCAGGAGAGAAUGGACCUACUGGCCCUGCUGGAAAGGAUGGAGAGCAGGGGCCUAUUGGUUUACCAGGGCCUUCUGGUCCACCUGGACCACCUGGAGAGGAUGGAGAUAAGGGAGAGACUGGAGGUCCGGGACAGAAAGGAAGUAAAGGAGAAAAAGGAGAGCCAGGACCUCCAGGACCAUUGGGUCCUCAGGGACCUCAUGGACACCCUGGCUUACCAGGAGCCGACGGGGAGCCAGGUCCUCGGGGCCAGCAGGGAAUGUAUGGCCAGAAAGGUGACGAGGGAACUCGAGGACUAGUAGGAGGCACAGGGCCACUGGGCUUGCAGGGAAUGCCAGGACCACCUGGAGAGAAGGGAGAAAGUGGCCAUGUUGGAUCGCUGGGCCCUCCUGGACAGCAUGGUCCUCGAGGACCACCAGGAUCCAUCGGUCAAGAGGGUGCACAGGGAAUGCCUGGUGGAGUUGGUCAACCCGGCUUAGUAGGAGAAAAGGGUGAAGACGGAGAGGCGGGAAAUCCUGGAAACGUUGGUGUACCAGGUCCCCCAGGUGAUAAAGGAGAAUUGGGUGAGAAGGGUGACACAGGGCCGCCAGGUGCUGCAGGACCCCUAGGAAUUAGAGGCCGGGCAGGAGAGGAUGGACCCAAAGGAAACCCGGGUCCUAUUGGAUUUCCUGGAGACCCUGGACCCUCAGGAGAGGCGGGCCCUAACGGUAUUGACGGUGGACCAGGAACAAAGGGAGAUCACGGAGACCCUGGAAAAGCUGGACCACCGGGGGCUUCUGGGGAGCCGGGUCCUCCAGGGCCACCAGGACGAAGGGGUCAUGGGGGGGCACCAGGAAAAGAAGGAAGACAGGGAAAGAAGGGAGUAAAGGGCUCUCCUGGUACAGAGGGUGCAGCUGGAAAGACCGGACCUAUGGGACCCCAGGGACAGCCUGGCAGACUGGGGCCAGAGGGACUACCUGGGAUUCCAGGUCCUGCAGGAGAACAGGGUUUAAAUGGUCCACCUGGACAGAGUGGACCGCCCGGCCCGAUGGGACCUGCCGGUCUGCCAGGGCUGAAAGGAGAUCCAGGCAUGAAGGGAGACAAGGGACACGAAGGCCUGAUCGGACUGAUUGGACCAUCAGGAGACAUGGGCGAGAAGGGCGACCGAGGCUUGCCCGGAAAUCCGGGAAUAACUGGUCCCAAAGGAGACGUGGGUGUUGUUGGGCCUUCUGGUCCUACUGGACCCCCUGGACCUCCUGGACUUUUUGGUGCAAUGGGUGAGAAGGGGUCAAAGGGAGAGCAGGGAGCGGCUGGAACAAGAGGAGACCCAGGAAUUGCCGGCCCAUCAGGACCGCCUGGUCCACCAGCUACCAUGAUAGAGCCUCUACCCAUCCGGGAAGGCCGCAAAAAACGAAGAAGGAACUCUGACCACGCUAGAGGAGGAGCCAAGGCAGAAGCUGCAGCACCAGAGGAGGAACAAGAAGAGGAGGUGCCGCUUAACAUGGAGGACUUUCUACAGGCAGAUGUGCCUUUGGAGGAUGCUGAGGGAAUGGAGGAGGUGUUUGCCUCUCUCAACUCUAUGAAGAAUGAGGUGGAGCUCAUGAGGAAGCCACUGGGCACGUUUGAAAGCCCUGCACGCACCUGCAAAGAGCUGAUGCUGUGCCACGCUGACUUUAAAGAUGGUGAGUACUGGAUCGACCCAAACCAGGGCUGCAAUAAAGAUUCCAUCAAAGUGUUUUGCAACUUCACUGCAGACGGGGAAACCUGCCUGCACCCUGAUAAACGGUUCGAAACGGUGAAACUGGCGGGCUGGAGCAAAGAGAAGCCAGGCAGCUGGUACAGCCAGUACAGAAAAGGAAAACAGUUUUCCUACAUGGAUGCUGAUGGUAUCACGGUCCCUGUGGUCCAGCUGACCUUCCUGAAGCUUCUGAGUGCUACAGGCAGACAGACGUUUACCUACGUGUGCCAGAACUCCGCCGGCUGGUACGACUCCACCAGCCGUGGGUACCAGCAUGCUCUGCGCUUCCGCGCUGGCAACGACGAGGAGAUGACGCAAGCCAAGACGUCCUUCAUUAUGCCUCUGUACGACGGCUGCCAGACACGUCUAGGUCAAGACAGGACAGUUCUAGAGAUCAACUCCCCAAGAUCGGAGCUGCUCCCGAUUAUGGACGUUUCCGCAUUAGACUUUGGAAAUACCAACCAGAAAUUUGGCUUUGAGAUCGGACCUGUGUGUUUUAAUGGUUAAGCAUUAAUCAGACUAAAGACUAGUUUUUCAAUUACAGACUCUAGACGUCAUUGCCACAUGCUUUAUUUAUUAUUCAUGUGGCAUGCGUUUUUUAUGUCAACAUUUCAAGCACCACAUCAUGAGAGGACAAGAGAUCCCAGGAGGCACCCCUGAGGAAACCAAGCACAUUUAUCAAGGGAAAGCUAUCCACGAUAUUUGAAUUCCAUGUUCCUGUCGUCUGCUCACCUACGGUGUGAAUUAUGUGGUAUGACUGGUUUGGAUUAAUAAGCCGUGUCCAGCAAAACUGACACUGAAUAGCAGAUACAGUCUCUCCCAUUCACAGCCCGUUUUGCCUGUCACCUGCGCUAUGGUCCACUUAGCCCACAGUGUAGCGGCAGACUUUAAUAUUAGUGCCAUGGAUCACAUGCUUGUUUGUUUUUAUUUGUAAUGUCAUUUUAAAUUAAUCUGCCACUCGAAGGAACAGCUACAGCAUUAAGGGUUACACAUUUAAAUGUUUUGUUUUCACUGGCUUUGCCUUACAUCGGCUGCAUCACGGUGUAAACAGAAGCAAAUUUAUACCUCAAAACAGUUUUGACAAGGAAUUGCCGUCCGGAUCUAGUUAAUUGUUUUUUCCGAGAUGCUUUCUGUCACACAUAAGCCUUGCAGCAUUGCUCAUCUUUAAUCAGUGUGUCAUCAUAAAUAAACAUGUGCCAUUUGUGCUUGCCAGGCAGGAGGGGGGUCUGUGCAGCAGCGUAUUAAUAUGUAAAGUAGUCAAAUCACUUAGAUUGCUUGUUAUUUCUAACAGGCCAGGUCAUGUGGUCUCAUUUCAUUUGUCCAUGUCUUACAGGUUCUACACAUUAGAUAUGAUCCGUUCUGAACUCAGUGUUAGCUUAAAAAUGCUUACAUGUUUUUUUCAAGGUAAACUCUAUUUAUAUAAUCUACACAUUUUAAGGGAUUAUCACAGACAAUAUGAACAUGUCUUCCUGUACUAAGGAAAGAAAUCUCUUUACUCAAGUCGUUGUUAAAUUUCAUUAACAAACAUCACAAAUUAUGAUUAUUAUAUUUUUAAUUCAUUUACAAUAAACACAACAUCCAGAUAAGUGAGACCUGGGCUCAGCAACCACCCAAAAACACUAAGAGCAAGGCAGGAAUACACUCUAAAAUGGGCCUCAGCACAUCUCAGGACGACACACUAACCAAUUCACUCACCUACUCACAUCUAGGGGCAAUUUAGAGCGGCACAGUUAGAGUAUCUGGAGGUAGACAAUGUAAAGCAAACAUAAGACAAACAAAUUCAUUACAGACAAGGGCUACACUAUACUAGCUGCGCCAAAUUCCAAACAACAACCAUAAUGAAGUAAUAUCCACUAGUAGAAAGAUCAGAUCUGAAGCCGUACCAGCAGGUUCCAUGUUGAGCUGAGGUGUGUCUCAAACUGUUAACAUACUUAGAAUAGAUGCAAUUAUUGCACCAUUGGUAAUUGUGUUGUCAUUACCAUUUCAUGUGAUAAUAUGCAACAUGUAUUUUACACUACACUGGAA